UCCCAAGCAGGACGUGUGUGUCUGCGUAAAAACCAGAGGGCUGGCUCAUCCAAAUGCUUGCUGAUUGUUUGGAAGAUCAAAUCCUUCAGGCCUCCAAGCAGGAGGCAGCCCGAAGGCAACAUUUCCUGGGUGCAAUCAUGCAGAGCCUGAGUGAGAAGGUGACCCGAGAUGGCUGCACAAGAGUCACCUUCAUUUCUCUGUUAUCUUACUUCCAAUAACCCCACUGGGUGACCCUUGUGCCGGUCUCUUAGAAUUUGGAUCUAGGUGGUAUGCGCUUCCUUUGCUUAGAAUCAAAGCGCAGGAGUGAUGCGGAACCAUGCUGAGGUCACAGUUGUUGCUGGGGUGGCAGGGCUUGGCCCUCCGUGGCGAGCAGAGCUGGUGCUCUAGUGAGCGAGUUGCACACAGAGACUGAGCUCUGAGCGUUUUGUGGAAGGGAUCAUCCUUGAGAGCCCAUCAGAAGCACCGCUGUGGCGAGUGUGUGACCUGGGCACAGCCUGGACUGACCUGGACCAAGAGGGUUCCAAUCUGAAAGGUGAUCUUGGGUCCAAGCAGUCCCAGAGUGCAGCCGCCUCUUUCCAAGAGCGGGGAAUUCCUUUGGAGAGGGACUUGCUCCAAGAAGUUCCCCAUGCCUCGGAAAGGAGUCGACUGCCACUUCUAUUUCAACUCUGUCUGCUUUAAGGGAGACAGCUGUCCAUUCCGCCACUGCGAAGCAGCUCUGGGGAGUGAAGAGGUCUGCAAGCUGUGGAUGCAGGGUCGCUGUUCCAGCAGCGACUGCAGGCUGAGACACACGAAAAUUGAUAAGAAGCGCAGUGAGAUUCCCUGCUAUUGGGAGAAUCAGCCGGGAGGCUGUCAGAAGGCCCACUGCCCUUUCCUUCACUUGAAGGAACGCAGUGGGAAUGGACCGACUGUACCACCAAGUGACGAAGCUGACACGAGCCUUCCUCUGACCAGCGGCCCUGCGGAAAGUCUGGAGAGCCAGACAGAGGUUGAGAAGGCAGCAGAGAGAGGUGACAUCCCAUCUUCCUCCCAUGGCCCGGCUGCACAAAAGCGCAAGCGAUGUGAGGAGAAGGCCAAAGCAAGCGAGUUGCCUCUCAAGAAGAGAAUCAAGGCUGGAUGCAAGGUGUUCCUCAGGUCUGCUGAUUGGAAAUCCACCUUCCCCAGGAAGCAGACUCUGAAGCGGAAGGCAGCGGACAUGGAACCAUCUGCUGCUGAGGACACCGAUGAGCCCCCAGCCCGAAAACUGCCUAUGGCCAUCGUUCCAGCCCUGCCUGGGGACAGCCUGGUGACCAUUGCUGCAGUUAAAACACCUCCGAGCAGUCUGGAACUGCUUCCAGGAAGCCAGGCAGACUCCGUGGCAGACGCUGUGCCUUGUGCCUCGCAAGCAGCACAUCAGAUGCAGCAGCUGAGCUGCACAGAGGCAGGGAAAGCGCUCGUCUGUGAGGAUGAUGACAUCGAGAAGUUGAUGAUGGAAAUCAUUGGAGAUGAGUUAGGAGACAUUGACAUGGACAGUGAGAAGGAUACGGACGAGCUCCUUCAGGAACUGUCUGACAUCAUUGACAGUGUAACACCGUAGUCUGAUUGUGUAUUUUAAAACAAACAACAACCAAAAACAAUUAAAACCAACCCUAUUCCUUUUCAACCAACCUUGUUCCUUUUCUUUCUUAUACUGUGGGGACACUUUUCUUGAAACUGUGCAAUGAGUCUGAAAGCAAACUGGUCAAAAUCAGCAGCACCUGCAUUCUGUUCUCCUGAUUUCCUUGCUGCUCAGAGUUCAGGGGCCGUGCACCCGUUCCUCUGGAUCCUGGCUAAGGGGGCAGCAUGGAAUUGGUGAGGCCAGCGAGUGCUGGCAUUUGUGCUGCUGGCGGUAAGGGGCAGAAGGUGGCACCAUCCAUGGAGCUGCUCUGUACAAGCACCUGGCCCAACCUGGGUCGGGACGCCUCUCAGGGACGACCAAAUCCUCGGGGCUGUCGAUCAAUGGAAGCUGGGGCAAAGUCCUCCCACUCAAGUCAGCCUCAGUUGUCAUCUGCUGAGGAAUGGCAGUGCUUGUUGAAUGCCUGCUCUACAUACAAGGCGAGGGAAACCGUGAGCAGAGGCCAGCUCACUCUUCUUACAUCCACCUCCCUACUUGUUUAUGCCCUUUAAUUACAUGCAUUUGUUGCACAAGGGUUUUUGUUGCUUUACUUGAUCCACAUAUUUCUGUCUAUCCUUUUCUGUCCAUAUCUGUACAUAGACGUAGGGUAUCCUGUUAGUGAGUUGGAUCUUGUCAUCUCUGAAUCUGU